AUGGGCGCCGGCGCGUCGUCGGCGCAGCAGGUCGUGCAGGAGGCGUCGGACACGCAGGCGCUCGAGGCGUUGACGGCGCUCUACCUGCAGGAUGCGUCGCGCGCGGCCAUGCUCGUCGAGUCGGCCAAGAGCGCGGCCCUGGAGCAGAAGGAGAGCGGCGCGGCGCCCGAGGCGACGCCCGAGGCGAGCAAGCGGGACUGGGACGCCUUCCGCGCCGAGCUCUGCGCGGAGCACAACCUGGCGCGCGCGAAGCCCCUGGAGUACGCGGAGACGCGUGUCAGGCCCAUGCUCGCGCGCUUCGACGACAAACGGUACCGCGACGACGGCGGCACGAACACGACCGCGCGGGUGCUGCUCACGCAGGAGGGCGCGGCGCCCGUCGAGGACCUGCUCCAGGCCCUGGCGGCCCACGAGCCCUGCGGCGCGCUGACGCUGGAGGCCGGCCUGAGCGGCGCCGCGCAGCGGCACGCGGCGGACCUCGGCUACUCGGGCGGCAUGGACCACGGCGGCACGGACGGGUCCACGGUGCAGACGCGCAUCGAGGCCUACGGCGAGUGGUGGGGGUCCUGCGGCGAGAACAUCUCCCUCGGCUUCUCCGGCGCGCGGAACAUCGUCCUCUGGCUCCUCGUCGACGACGGCGUGCCCGGCCGGGGCCACCGGAAGAACAUCCUGGACGCCAAGUUCAACGUCAUGGGCUGCAGCGAGCUCCGCGAGCACGUGAAGCUGCGCCAGUGCAUCGUCUUCGACUACGCCACGGGCUUCGGCCCCAAGAAGAACGUCAUCGCCGUCGCGCUGCAGGCGGAGGCCCGCGCCGGAAACGACCGGUCCGGCGAAACUUCAAACCUCUCGAUCUCGGCGGAGGCCCAGGGCGAGAUGAACGCGAACGUCUCCGCGAUCCUCGACUCGCUGCCCCACGGCCUCGAGCAGCUCAAGGAGGAGAUCACGACGCUCCUCGUGCCCGACGCGCCGGGCCACCCGAAGGUCAUCAUCGACUACAAGCCGGGCUCCGUCGAGGCCAAGUACAUCACCGUCGCCGACGGCAAGCGCUCCACGCGGACGCGCAAGGCCACCUGGGCCACGGAGAGCCAGUGA